AUGGGCUUCCAGGAUCAGGUCCUACGAGGUGCUUCCGGGACCUCUGGGGCUGGGCGUUUCAAGCUGGACGCUCGGAGGAUGUGGAAGGCAUUCUAUGAUCUCCUCUCCCCCAGUGCUCUGCGUGAGGCACCCGCCACCCCUAGGCUCCUCGUAUCUAAGCCCAUCCAUAAGCAAAGCGAGCUUUCCAUGGACUGCUACCUGCCCACCGUUCCUGAGGAGGCAGAGACUGAAGCAGGAACGCCGGGUGCAGCGCCAUCAACAGGAGCAGCAACAAGGACCGAGGAUGAACUAUCUACUGCGCAAGCGCACGCGAUGUGCCUCAUAGCAUUUCUUUCGCGGCUUGAACUCCGAGAGCGCAGGCGGCAGAACUUGGCUAUGCAACAAACUGCGGAUGCUAAGGCCGCAUUGCGGGAGGAAGAGAUCCUCAGAAGGAGCAUCACUAGGCAUUCCCCCUUCGCUACCGCAGGCACCGUGGAAGAAGAUACGCCGCGCAAGCCCAAGGGACCCCUCUCUAGUGGCAGACUCUUAAGAAUUAAAUGGACUGGUGCCGCUCGCGACAGAGUGCAGGUAGCCGGCACCUUCUCCGAGCCCCCUUGGUCAUGCUGCAUUGAUUUGCACUUCGAGCCGGAGGCGGGGGCGUAUGUGGCAGAACUCAGCCCAGCCGUUUCUGCAUGCAAUUCACGGGAGCUGCAGUUCAAGUUCAUCGUAGAUGGGCAGUGGCGACUCGAGUCCACACUUCCAGUCUGCCAAGACUCCACAGGCAACUGGAACAACAUGUGUCGUCUCCAGGAGGACCUGUCUCCUGCUGCGAACGACAGUGCGCUGACCAGCAGUCUGUUUGCAGCGGCCUCUCGGGCUGCCAGCGACUCAGCAGCGGCAGCAGCGGCGCAUGCAACAACGAGUGCCGACACCGCAGUUUCCCGGGGAGAAGAAGCUGCAGACAGCCAAAGUCAGCUGAAGCGAGCCGACGAUCGAGAUAACGAAGUUCUAUGGUGGCCACGAUACGCUGAGGACGAUGAAGACCUGGAGGAACGAAGGCCACCAUCUCGCAACUUUUCCUCAACGGAGUUCACCACGGGCCUUCGGUUCCAACUAGAGCCACCGUCUCCUUCAACCCAGGCGGCUGUCGACAACUUGCGUCGAGUCCGUUCCAUGUCUCUGUCUCUGUCCACGUACCCGCGUUCUGUUCUGUCUCUCCUUCAUGCUCCUGAGGUGUUGCUAGGGCUUGGGCCAGGUUCAAAACCCCACCCGGAGAGAGCACGAAAGGAUCUCUGCCUCCAGUGUGGGUUCUUCUUGCUCCCACAUCCUGACAAAAUGCAGACCGGAGGAGCAGAUGCGUAUUUCAUCGCGGCACAGGGUGCUGGUGGCGCAGUGACGGUGGGAGUGGCUGACGGGGUCGGCGAAUGGGAUUCCUUUGAUUUGGAUCCACGGCUGUUUGCGGAGGAGCUGAUGAAGGGUUGCUGUGACGCUGCUGUUGCCAAAGAUGUCGAAGGCGAAACUCUUGAUGUGCGCGCUCUCGAUGUGCUGCGAAGGGGCUACAGCAAUACCAGGAGUUUUGGAAGCGCAACGGCGCUAGUGGUCCGACAUGAGGGGGGUGACAAGAUCGGCAUUGCAAACUUGGGAGACAGUGCUGUGAUAGUCCUAAGGCGGCAGCUCUGGUACCAGAUGACCUGCGUUUUCAGAUCAAGGGAACAGCAACAUCAGUUCAAUUGUCCCUUCCAGCUCAGCCGCUUGCCACAGCCUUCGGAGUACGAUCAGCUUAGAGAAAAUGGGAAAGACGCGCUCUUGCAUCUUUUGCAAAACGCAGCCAUUAUCCCCCAAGAUACACCUGAAACCGCCAGUCUCUGCUGCGUGACAGUCAUGGAAGGCGACCUCCUGAUCCUUGGAACAGACGGCGUUUUCGAUAAUCUCUUCGACUAUGAAAUCUGCGCAAUCACAAAUCUUACAUUGAGCCCCUUCGAGGCCCACCUCCUUGGCAACGAGGCCCUGGCUACUUCGGCCACGGCUAUCGCUACAGCUAUCGGAGAGGCUGCCGCACACAGGAGUCGUUCGCCAACUGCGAGGACUCCAUUCAUGAAACACGCACGCCAGGAAGGUUCCUUUUUUACAGGUGGAAAAAUGGACGAUAUAACGGUGCUGGCAUGCUGGGUAACAACAUCAAGCGACGUAGAGCCGGGACGCCCAGAUAUAUCUGGAUUCUACAGCCCCGCUUCUGUCAGCAGAGGCUUAUAA